AUGGUUGACGAAUUCGGGCCUUCCCAGCGCAAAUACAGUAGAUUAAGCGACUCCACAAGUGAUGAAGAAAUCAGUGAAGUUCGUCAUCAGAACACAUUUCAGCAAAAUUCAGGUCGUAAACCUGAGAAAUCUCGCAAGCAGAAUAUUCAAACACUGCGUGAGGAUGAUUUUGACCUAGAGGCUAGUUCGCUUGAAAGAGGUCGAGGUUCCUGUCGCUAUAAAUUAGAUUCGAGCGAUAACCACUCUUCGUCAGAAUCGGAAGCAAGUGGAAGUGAGUCCUCAAGCAGUUCUGAACCUCGAGUAAGAAGAAACCCAAUAGCCAAAGAUGGCUAUGGCUCAGUUAGAACUCGGGGUCGAAGGGUCAAUUAUGCCAAUGCUUUUAAAGAAGAGAGCGAUUCGGAAUCAGACGCUCCUAAAACUCUAAAUGGUAGAGAAGUCGAUUCCCGCAAUCCGCGUCCUCAAUCAACAAACAUUAACCGAAAUCACCUCUUGCAAAUACCUCAAGGGCCACUGAUAAGGAUGUGCGGAAAGACCUCAGCAAGGUUUGUUCCACCCUUAAAACAGGAGGCUACACCUGAGGGAUCAAAUGCAGCAGGAUCCUCAAGGGAAGAAUCUCAGUCCCCCGUUCAUGUUGCUGCUUCGUCCUAUCCCGGUGCUGCUAAUGCUCCUCCCCUUGGUGAACUGGAUGUGAUCGAAGAGGUUCUGAAAGAGGAGAUUCGUCGUAAAGGUGCCACGGGUGAUCCUACAACUCUCUAUAAUUGUAUGGAAUAUGAUCCUAAUGCAGGAUUUGACCCGAAACAUGAGGAGGGCGAAAUAAUGUAUCUUAUAAAGUGGCGUAAUUGGAGCCAUUUACACUGCACAUGGGAAACCGAGUCUUCUCUCACCGAUUCCAAUCGAUAUAACUCUGUUGAUGGCUUGAAGAAGCUAUAUAAUUUUCAAUACAAGAUGGGUGUAAAGAAGAGCCUUAAGAAGACUGCUGGUCCUGAGGAGUUGGAGAAUAUUCUAUACGAGGAGGAUAGUGAAGAGGUUGUUUUGCAGGAGAAAAUGGAGGUCGAGAGGAUUAUAUCCCAUUGUCGCGAUCGAGAUGACGCAAAUGAGGUUGAUUACCUUUGUAAAUUUAAACGAAUGGACUAUCAUAGUGCUACAUGGGAGACAGGUUCAGUUAUCAGAAAACUCUUUCCGCAUGCUGUGCAGGAGUACGAAAAACGCCUUGCAUCUACAAAACUGCCUAACUUCCGUCGUGAUAUGUUUGGCCGUCGUCCAAAAUUUGUUCCCAUUCCUAAUCAGCCCGAAUACAUUGGGGCGGGAAAUCCUGAAUUGCGUUUACGUGAUUAUCAACUCAAGGGUCUUAAUUGGAUGGCUCAUGCUUGGACUCGUAGAAACAGCGUUAUUCUUGCAGAUGAAAUGGGCUUGGGAAAGACUGUCCAGGCGAUCAGCUUUCUAAGUUAUCUUUUCCAUGAACAUGGUCUAUAUGGAUCUUUCUUGAUAGUUGUACCUUUGAGCACUAUUAGCAGCUGGCAAAGAGAAAUUGAGCUCUGGGCUCCAUUUUUCAAUUUGAUUGUUUACGUUGGAAAUUGUUAUUCACGCGAAGUUAUCCGUGAUUAUGAAUGGUCUCAAUCUGGCGGGUUUGCUAAUCGAAGACAGCAUAGACUCAAGUUUAAUAUAUGCAUGACAACCUACGAGAUUCUACUAAAAGACAAGGCUUUCCUUGGUCAAGUGCCGUGGGCUGCUUUGGUUGUUGAUGAGGCCCACAGGCUUAAAAACGACGCUUCUCAACUCUAUCAGGCACUUUUUGCAUUCGAUACAGAUACUAGACUCCUCAUUACCGGCACGCCACUUCAGAAUUCUCUGAAGGAGUUGUGGUCACUUUUACACUUCCUUAAUCCAAAUUAUUUUACCACUUGGGAGGAGUUUGAAGAGGAGUACAGUUUCUCCUCUCAUUUGCCCGUCUCUGAUUCCCAUGAUGGAUUUUCGCGUUUGCAUCGAGUUAUCGAACCUUACUUAUUACGUCGGGUGAAAAAGGAUGUGGAGCAAUCAUUACCUGCUAAAACGGAACGAAUACUCCGCGUAGAAAUGUCUAAACGUCAAGGUACACUCUAUCGCCUAAUUCUUGCUCGCAACUACGACGGUCUCAUGAAGGUAACUGGUGGUGGCCAUAAGGCGUCUUUCAUAAACAUUGUAAUGCAGCUAAAGAAGUGCUGUAACCACGCCUACCUCAUUGAUCCUCCGGACGAUAAAAAGAUUUAUCGACGUAAUGAUGAAACACUGCGCGAUCUCAUCAAAGGAAGUGGCAAAAUGAUGCUAUUGGACAAGCUUUUGCUCAAACUGAAACCUCAGGGACAUCGAGUACUUAUUUUUAGUCAGAUGGUGAAGAUGUUAGAUAUCAUUGCUGAUUACCUCACACUUCGUGGUUGGGGCUUUCAACGGUUAGAUGGUUCUAUUCGAGGAGAUUUAAGAAAACAGACGCUGGAUCACUUUAAUGCCGAAGGCUCAACUGAUUUUUGUUUCCUUUUGUCUACGCGUGCUGGAGGUUUGGGUAUUAACCUUGCCACCGCAGACACAGUUAUAAUCUUUGACUCGGACUGGAAUCCUCAAAAUGAUCUUCAAGCUCAAGCCCGCGCUCAUCGUAUUGGACAGACAAAACAGGUCUCUGUUUAUAGAUUGGUGGUAAAGGAGUCGGUUGAAGAGAAGAUUAUUGAGAGUGCUACGCGUAAAAUGUUGCUUGAUUUUCUUGUCAUUCAGCGCAUGGAUACUGCUGGUAGUCGAAGAAAAACUGACCCUAAGGCAAAACUUCUUACUGAUAUUCUGCAACAUGGCGCUGAAGGCAUAUUCCGCCAGAACGAAGAGGAGCCUGGGGAUAUAGAAGUGGAUAUUGAUGAUAUUCUAAACACUGCCGAGACACGAACUGCGGAAAUCGAGGAUGAAUCGCAUGGUCUACUUUCAGCUUUCAAUGUAGUGAAUCUCAACCAGCUGGAAGAAGAUGAUAAAAUUGCAAUGGAAGAAAAGCCCUCCACUAAAUCUUGGUCGGAAAUCAUUCCAGAGGAAAUGCGUAGAAAUGUCAAGGAGAAUGAAGAUCAGAAGGCUCUUAUGAAUCUUAUCACAGGGCCUCGACUUCGAAAACAGGUGAAGUCUUUCCAUGCGGGCGUUGAUAAGGCCUACUCUUCUAGUGAAUCAGACUCGGAGGAUGAACAACAGAAUAAUGGGCAGAAACUUGCACACUUGAGUCCCAAAGACAUACGUGCAGUUGUGAAAGCGCUAAAGCGCUUUGCUCGUCCUCUCGAACGUAUUGAUUCUAUAGCUGCAGAAGCUGAGCUCUCUUCUCUAACGAAUAAGGAAAUUUUCGAUAUUGUUCAAUACAUCAUCGAUGGUUGUAAGUCGGCAGUUGAAUCACCAACAACAACCAAUCAAGUUGGCGAAGAGGAAGCUAAAAAUAAAGCUCCUGUUUUCAAUUACGGUAAAGUGGCGAUACAAGCUAGGCAAAUCUUGCAGAGUCUGAGCAAUUUGGACAUUCUCUAUCAAGUUAUGCCCAAGUCUUCAAAGGAGGAUCGUUUGAAUUAUGAGUUGCCCUUCAGUCCCCGAUUUACAAACUGGCCUAAUCAAUGGAGUGCAACUGAUGAUGUGCACUUGCUUGUGGGGGUAUAUGAACACGGCUAUGAUAACUGGGAUGCAAUUAAACUUGAUCCUGACCUAGGCUUGGCGUCAAAAAUCCUCCCUAUUAACUCCAAUGAACGACCCCAGGCUAGUCAUAUCCGAGCCCGAGUGGAUUAUUUGCUAAAAGCGUUGUCUAAACAGACAUCUAGUGAAACCCGUGAUAUAAAGAAGGGCCAGAAAAAUAAUGGAAAGUCUUACUCAUCGAAAGAUCAUAAGAAGAAAUCUUCAUCUUCUAGCAAACGUCUUAGUAAUUUAACAGACCAAUCCUCGAAAUCUGCUGUCAAGCCAAAGUCAGCUGAAUUCGUUGAGUCAGAUGGAACAUCCGAGUCAGAUUCUAAGGCCUCUUCGAAAACUACUAUUCCUCCUAUACGCAUAAAGAAGAAUCACAAACGGGAGCUAAAGGUUGAAAAUGUCUACGAUCAGCCUCCAGCAAAGCGUUCUAAAUAUAGUGAGAAUAGAGUGAGUAAGAACGAACCCGUUCACUACACAGCAUCGCCAGUUUCUGUUUCCGACCUUACUAAAGAGGAAGAAGACGAAAUCCGUAACAUGGAUGGAGAUCUGUUUUCGGAGUGUAAAGAGCGUUUUCAUCCCAUAAAGAAGGCUCUGAAACAGCUGAAAAAGUUUGAUUGUGCGGAUAACCUAAAUACGGAGAGGUUUAAUGAAGUUUUACUACAAAUUGGUGCUCAUAUUCGCAAGAUACUAGGUGAGAUGAACGAGGACCGGGCUAAACGACGAAAGUGGAAACAUGUAUGUUGGCUGUUUUUGGAACAUUUUUCUCAAAAAACUGGUUCGGAGUUGGAGGAGUUGUACCACUCCAUUCGUAAAUCGACUUUGACCAAGGAGAAGGAUUUAGGUCGGCAUAAUCGUGAUGAUGAUCAUAAGCAUAGCAACAAACAUGAUGAUCAUCACCGCCAUCUUUAUGGUAGCAGAAAUGAUAACGACAGCAAACAGUCUUCACAAGGUCAUCGUAGCCGAUCUUACCACCAUCGGAGUCGUAGUUCUGACCGACGAAGUGGUCCAAAUAAUAGUGUUGGUUAUUCCUCCAAUUCUGGAGAUAGAAGAUCUAGUGGUGGUGAUUGGUCCAAUAGUCGCCAAGGCUUUAGUAAUUCAAAGGAUCGGACUUCUAGGACUGGCCGCGACAAUCGAAAUGAUCGUUUCAAAAAUGCUUUCAACAACGAGUUCAAUGAUGCUUUCAACAAUCCCGGUUUACGAGAUCUUCAUGGUGUUGCCCCGUCUUCUCACAGUAGUAUACCUCCCCCGUAUUCUUUCCAACGUCCUUCAACUACGCAUUAUUCUUGGCAGGAUCGACCUUCUAAUGGUCCGUUACUCCCAUCUCCAACUCAUGAGGGCAGUAUUAUUCCUCCGCCGAUCUCAUCUAUACCUCGACGAGAUCCUCGGUUAUCGUGGCACAGUAGACCCUAA